GUAUCCGUGCGUGCAGGGCUCCCUCCUACUUCACCUUCGACCGAACGCUCAUCGAGGCCGGCAACGCGUCCGAGGAUUGCCUCCACCUGAACAUCUACGCGCCCCAGAGGAACGAAGAGGUGGCCGGGACGCGGGGCGGCGUGCUCAACCCCGUGUUCGUCCUCCUCCUCGGCUGGGACUUUGGGCACGGCAGCAACAGUUACUCCUUCGCCGAUGCCAGCCGCUUUGCGGACAAGGCCCGGGCGGUGGUGGUCGUGCCGAACUACCGGCUCGGUGCGUUUGGCUUCAUGCGCAGCGAGCAGCAGAAGUCGCCCGGUAACAUGGGCCUCCUGGACCAGACCCUGAUGCUGCGCUGGGUGCGCGACAACAUCCCCAGCUUCGGCGGUAACCCGCACAACGUCGUGCUCCUGGGCCAGGGCACCGGCGGCACCACAGCGGGCUACAACCUCCUGUCGCCCAUGACCCGAGGCUUCACGCGCCGCGCCAUCCUGCACAGCGGCUCGCCGCUCAUGCCGUUUCCGGCGGAGCGCGGGGAUCCCAUCGAGGGAACGGCCAGGGGCCUCCACUGCCCCGACGUGGGGCAGCGCCAGGACGUGGACCCGGUGUCUCUGGUGCAGUGCAUCCACCGCACUCCGACUGGAAGGCUUCGGGACGCUCUAGAAGGAAAGUUCUACCCGGUCUACGGAGACGCCUACCUGCCGGACAAGUUCAGCGGCCUGUUGAGGGAGUCCGGAGGCACGGCGGGCGCGGUGCUCGUCGGGAACGUCCAGAACGAAGGCGAUCUGCUCGUAGCCCACGAGUUUCGCAACCUGACCGAGAAGGAACUGAGCACCGACAGUCUCGGGGACAUCGAAGCUAGGCUCUUGACCUACCUGCAAGGCUACAGGGUGCCCAACCUGACUACGAUCAUACGGCGGUACUACGAGCAGCUGAGGCAGGCAGCCGGACACGUGACGUUUUUCCGGCUGGCCGCCGACCUUCUGGGAGACAUGCUGUUCGUGUGCCCCAUGCAGCUGUACGCCGACAUCUACUCGGCGGCGGGCAACGACGUCUACUACUUUCUGUUCCGGUACAAGCCGUCCACGACGCUGCUUCCCGCGGGAAAUCUCGUAGGUGACGGUGCCACACAGAUGGACGACCUCGCUGUACUUUUUGGAGCGGGGUUGUACAACGUGGACGAAGAGGAUUUCUUCGAAGUAAUGGCCGGCAUAUGGGGCAGUUUCGGGAAGAACGGCGACCUGCCCGUCAUCGCAAACAAGAGCUGGCCCCGGUACACGGGCAGUCGGCGGAAUUACGUGCUCUUGGACCAUAACCACAUGAGCAUCACGACCAAGUUCAGGGACAUUUACUGUGACAUGUGGCGACCGUACCUGAGAAGUUGAUAGCAACUUCGGCGGACAUUGACUCCGACCAGAGCAGCGGCAGUCAUCUCCGCUGAAACCAUUCGGCUGACGACGAAUCGGACAGCCCACCUCUACAGCGCUGUUUCUGCUAUUGAAGUCUUUGGCUUCUAUGUUUUUGU